GCUCGCUGUUAAUUUAACAUAAAUUGCUGCUUCUUUUUGUCCGUCCCGUGGACUUUUCUCCAGAGGAUUUUGAUUCCAAUUCGCAAGGAAAAACACAAAUAAGGCAACAGAUCGCGCGUGCGAAGACCCCUCUGCAGCCAGUGCGCGUUAGUUAGUUGAAAAAGCCGCGGAAAAACGCAACAACGCAGCAGGAAAGUCGCGCCUCCGCCGUCUCCGCCUCCCCACAGAAAAUCACACGAAAAAAAAAAGAUCUCGGGUCGCACAGGGUUUUUAUUUUGGGCUCCGGUGGCCGUGCUACAAAUCCGCCGACCCAUAUAUACCAUAUAGAGAGUGCCCAGUGGCGUCGCGUCGCCUUGGAUUAUGUCAUUUGUUUACGGGGAAUUGCCGCAGGCCCAGUAGCCAAUGUUGCAUCCGAAAGAGGCAGCAGCGAAAACCUGUAAAAAUGUAGACUGUGUGCGUGUGUGCGUGUGUGUGUGUGCGCGGAUAAUGGACGUUUAGUUUUUAGUUUUUAGUCGUGGCCCCAAAAGAGAUAUAGCGCAAUAGAUAUAGCCAGCAGAUUCAGAGAGAGAUCCACCCAAUGGCCACCUAUAAUCCGGGCGCCAGCAGCAGUGCCGCCGAUGUGCUGAGCGCCACCAGCGGAACGGCCACCUUUCUGGUGCCCACCAGUGCAGCAGUUUCGCAUCCGGGCGCGCAUCCUGCCCAGCUGCAGCUGGACCAGUUUGGAGGCUUGCAGCAGCAGCACCACCAUCACCACCAGCAGACCAACUCCUCGUACACCUUCGUGCAGAUCAAGCGGGAGCCCUGCCAGGUGUCCGAGAUCAGCUCCAACAAUUGCCACCAGCAGCAGCAGCAGGUGCAGCACCAGGGCUUGUCCUCCGCCUCGCUGACCGCCUCCUCCAAGACCAUGUCCUCCUCCACGCUAACCACGCUCGUUAAGAUAGAGGCGCCCUCGCCGAAGGUCUCCGAGCUGGAAAAGUCCUCAGGCAACUCCGUGCCCAUUGGCAUCGCCGUGGCCAGGAAACGGCCGCAGGAAGCCCUGGUGCCGGCCAUAAACACCCCCGCCACGAUGCCCCUGCAGCCGCCACUCAACAAGGACAUGAACUGCUUCGGCAUACGCGUCGCUGACCUCGGUGCCACCAGUUGCGGCAAUCUGUACUUUACGGGCAACGGCGACCUGAUGACCACCGGCACGGCCACCGCCGAGGAACUUGCUCUGAGUGCAGCAGGUGUGAGCCGAGCACCCUCCACCUUCUGGCAGUAUCCAAAUGCAUUACCCAUUGAAUCAGUGAUUUCCAUGUCGCCCGCCACGGUGGGCCUGCAGUACUCGCGGGAGGCCAGUCGCGGACAGGUGGUGCUGCUGCCGGCCGGCCCAACAGCGCUCGCAGGCAUAUCAAAUUUUCCCCUCUUAACGCCCACAGAUCCGUUCCAACAGGCGGCGGCUGCGGCUGCGUUUGUCUGGCCCUCGGCCUACAUCCCCCAGGCUCCGAAUCCUGGUGGUCACUCCGCUGCUGCUGCUGCUGCUGCUGCCUCCAUGCAGCCGACGCCCAACUUCAUCUUUCCCUCGAUGGGCGGCCACCAGGCGCUGAGCACCACGCCCUCGUAUGCCUCCACGCUGCAGCUCUACUUGGCCGCCGCGGCAACGGCGACGGGCAGUUCGACAAUGUGCCAGCACAGCAAUCAGCAGACCAGCACCACCACCACCAAUUCCACCAUCAAUCUGAGCCUGGCCGCCGGUUCGGGGGUCACGCAAAGCGGGAGCAGCAGUCUCAGUGCGAGCAGCUCUCGCUUCCUCAGCUUGGCCACUCCUUCGCUACUCUCCCUGCCGCCACCGCCGCCAGGAAUGAAGGAGGAGUAUGCUCCGAUGCCGCUGGCUUUGCCACCUUUAGUGCCACUUGAGGCUGCGCGGGACAAGGAGCAGGCCUUGAACCUGAUGCGCCUGCCCACGCCGCCCACCUCGGCCACCAUGGAGCCAUUGCCUUCUUCCCUGGGACAGGCGACGCCCCACCAUCUCUUCCAGUCGGCUGCCAUGGCUACGGCCACUGCUCAACCGACACUGCUCAACCUUUCGAUGCAUGGCAACGGUGGGGCAGCAGAGUUAACCGCCGCUGCCACGCCCCUGCCUUCGGUUUGUGACGAAGCGGCGGCGCUGAACUACAAGCUGCAUGCACCGCUGACGCCGCAGACACCACCACGUCUGGCGGAGAUUCCAGUGCCGCAGAUGCAGGAUGUGAAUAUACAGACGGACACGCCUGUUUGCAGUGAAGACGAGAGCUUUCCAGUUGCAGGGAAGUCCCAGGAAACGGCAGAUCCUCCGCCGCUGGAACUAACGAAGCCCAGUGAAGUUAGCCAUACGCAGCCUACCGAGUGCCAUACCCAGACGGAACCCAGUGAAAUACCCAGUGCCAGCCAGGAGGAGGAGGAGGAACCCCCCGCAGAAACGAUGAUGACACAAGCGGAACAGGCAGCUCCCGAGGAUCUGACCGGCUUGGAGCUGCUCUCCAACAUAAGCACCAAUAGCAAGCCGCUGGUGCGCGUUAAGCAGGAGCCGGUGGAGCAAGUGGAGAUACCGCCGCAGCCAGUGGAACAAAUGCCCAUAGAGGAGCCAGCGCCGCCCAUGCAGGAAAUGGAAUUGGAGCCCACACCCCAGGCGCCGGAACCUCUGGGAGGUCUCAAGCUGCUGUGCGCUUUGGCCGAGCAGCGGAUCCAAGAGGAGGUGGUGCAGGGCAGCAGUCUCUUUGCCACGCCCUCCUCGCGCACGCCCACUCCUACGCCCACAGCGACGUCGCCGCCCUUGCCCUUUGAGGCCAAGUCCUGUUUUGCCUUUGGCCAGUCGCAGGUCGCUGCUUCCGUCUUCCCCUCCUCCUCCUCCUCCUUUCAGAUGCCAUUAAGCUCGCCCGGCUUUCCUUCGAUGCAGGGCAUCGAGUUGCCAUCCACUUCGGCCAGCGUUGUAGCCGAUCUAACGCCCGUUAAGCGCAAGAAGCACAAACAUUCCAAGUCCUCGGGCAGCGACAGCCGCAAGUCGGCACGCUGCAGCAAGAAGAGCAAGAAGAAGCGGCGCCACAGCACUGCGGCGCAGAAGGAGGAGGACGUCGAGCUGCAGGACGAGCAGCUGCAGUCGGAGCUGCGCAGUGCCCUCCACGCCAUGGAUCCCAGCUACGCGCAGCGUUUUGGCCAGGAGGUGUUCAGCAUCAUGGACAACAGCAUGCGAAUGCGACUCGCGGACGUAACGCGGCAGUAUCGCAAGAAGAAGCGGAAGCUGGACGAGAUUUCCAAGCACAAGAAGAAGAAGAAGUGCUCCAAGCAGCAGCAGCUCCAACUGCAGCAGCCGUCACCUGCUCUGCAACAGCCGCAGAUGACGCUGUCCAGUGUCCUGGGAACUUCAUCACCGCUGCGCGACUACAAGUUCCCGAAGUUUUCGAGCAGUAACCUUCAGGCAUCCAGCUUCCUGCGAUUCCCGGAGAAGACACACUCCUCCUUCCCACCACCGCCGUCCCUGCAGCAGCAAUCCCAACCGGAGCCCAAUCCCUUGCCCAGCAGCAACUCACCGAGUACCUCGUCGUUCGUCCGUUUGGAGCCCAGUGCCCUGGACGCGGCCGUUGCCAUUGCCCCAACUACCUCUGCAACUGCCGCCUCCUGCUCAUCACCGUCGUCUGCCAAGCAGGCGGCUUCGGCAGCGCGAAAGCAGCGGAAGAUGAAAGCGAUUGCCAGCGGUUCGGCUGGAGAUCAAACCACGGCGACGGAGGCAAAGCGGCGGGUGAGCGGCAUUGACCGUGAACUGCAGCUGACCAGUGAACACCUGUAUCGCGAUGAGACCCGCGUCCUCACCGACAUGGGUGGACUAUUCUAUGCGGGAGUGAUGAAGCCCUUGCGACCGCCGGAUGUCUACUCCAUCACUUUGGACGGCGAGCGCGGCAACAAGUCGCAUGUGAUGUCACGCGAGGAUAUACUCAAGGAUACGAUCCUUGAAGUGGCCCCGAAAAGCGUGGAGAGUGUGCCAGUGGGCACGCGUUUGUGUGCCUACUGGAGCCAGCAGUAUCGAUGCCUUUAUCCUGGACGUGCCAUUGACUCCGAGCAAGUUGACGACGGAGCCGCUGGCGGCGCAACGAAUUCGGCCACAACAGCGCCGGACUUUGUCAGUGUGGAGUUCGACGACGGCGACAGCGGCAGGAUCCGCUUGCAGAACAUCCGCCUGCUGCUCAGCGAUUAUCCCAUAGCAGAGUACAACGAUAAUCCCCUCUACUCAGUAGGCAAGCAGAAGCGAAGCGCUCUGCGCGGGGGUGAAAGUGGCCCCGGAGGAGGCUCGCAGGACCACUUGAGCGUGCCCGGCUGCGAGGACUCGCACAGUCAUCACAGCCUGGGGAUGAGUAGCGAUAACACCACCUCGCUGGCCGCCACCAUGGAGCUUUUCACGCAGCGCAGUGAGAAGAAGCGCCUGAAGAAGAGUCUCAAGAAGAUGUCCAAGGCUCAAAAUGGCGUUAAUCAGGCUACUUCUACCAAUGGAGGAGCUGAUGUCGCUGCAUCCGGCGAGGGUGUCAGUGCAGAGGAUGCCGCUCGAAAGCACCACAAGCACAAGAAACGCAAGAAGCACAAGAAACAUCAUCGCAAGAAUGGCAGCGAAGAGCCGGAGCAGCAGCAGCAGGAAACAACAGAAGCUCUCAGUACAGAGAUGUCAUCAGCACCAACGGCGCCAACCACGAAUCGUGUUAAGGUGGAGGUCAAAGUAAAGACAGAGCAGUUGGAGAUGGAAGAGGAGACGGCAUCCAAUCUCAUGUCAGAGAUAUCCGAAGAGGCCAAGGGCGACGAUCUGGUCGAGCAUAACAACUCCAAGGGAAGCAGCAAGAUAGCUGCCUUCCUGCCGGAACGGCAGCUGUGGGGUUGGAAUGGUACCGCCUAUCGCAAGGCGGGCGUCAAGGGACGCGCCAGAAAGCAAUUUUACAAAACAAUCAAAAGGGGAAAGGAGACUAUCACGGUCGGGGACAGUGCAGUAUUUCUAUCGACGGGCAGACCAGAUCGACCCUAUAUCGGGCGCAUUGAGUCCAUGUGGGAAACGACCACGGGCAACAAGGUGGUGCGAGUGGCGUGGUUCUAUCAUCCGGAGGAGACGACCGGCUGUCCAAAGUUGAAAUUUCCGGGUGCUCUAUUUGAAUCGCCGCACGAGGAUGAGAACGAUGUGCAGACAAUUUCGCAUCGUUGCGAGGUGCUGCAGUUUGGCAGCUACUUCGACAAGUUCGGUGCCGAUUCGAAGCAAUAUCAAUCCAUAUACGAUAACAAUGAUACAUAUUAUUUAGCCGGGCACUAUAACCCAAGGUUACAAGUGCUAAAACUACAAGACGAUAUUCCAACUCUCGAAGAGCUGCAGGAUACAAAUAAUACUACUACUACUAAAACUACAGAAACUACUACCGAGGAUUAAGCGAAAAGUGGAUAGGCGUGGUUAGGCCUAGUGCAUACAGAUCUAUAUAUAUACAAUAUAUAUACAUUAUACAUAUAUUUUACUAUACGUGACCAGAUGGAGAGCAGAUAUAUACCUAUAUGUAUACAAAUAUUAUUUCUAUAUAUUUUAAAUGUAUUAUGUAUUUCGAGAACUCAAAAAACAAGGACACUGGCGAGAGAUAAAACGAGAGAGAACAAGGAACUAAGCAACAACCACUAAAUUAAUGUGUAGUUACGAGAAGCGCAAGCAAUUUUAAGUCUAAUUUUGUAAAAACAAGAAAAACAAACAGAAAAGGCGCUUCGAUGACGACAAACUUAAUUCACUUCAAGUUCAGCGAAAGUUUAGAAACGAAAUGUGUGCUUCUACAUCCCCUUUGAUCCUUUGACCCUUCGAACACAACACAUAACAUAACACAACCAACCAACCAACCACAAACAAACACAGUCCACAUUUAGAGCCCAGGCUAUAGCUACAGGAUAAUGGGAUACACUUGUUAACCUACGUGUAUACCUACAUGUUUCAGAUGAAAUUUAAAACGUGUUUUAAAGAUUUUAAGCAGGCAACAUGCAGCAACUACUACUAUAAAUGUAACAAUUCAAUGUGAUAGCAAAACAAAACCAGAUGUUGAUGUGUACAGAGGAGAGAAUAAGUAUAGAUGAUAAAUAAGAGAUCAAGCAGAAUGUGUGUGUUGAAUAUUUACAGUUCGUUUAUUCAAGAAGAACAGCAACGUAUAAAAUCAAACCUAUCUUUAAUUACAUCAAUAAACUUGCCGGAUAUAUUGAAA